AUGGCCACCGCCACGGCGACCCCGCCGCAAUGCUGGCGAGGACUCCCCGCCUCGGCGCGGGCACCUCCACCUCUCUCCUCUCCCCCCCGGCCGCGCCCCGUAGCUGCUCCCUUUUAUCCCCUCAGACGUCGCAUCGCCACUGCUACAGCCAGAGGAAGGCGAGCCGCACUGGCCUGCUCCCCCAGGUGCACGCUGGAAACGGCCGGCCCUGGCUUCGACCCUCUGGGGAUCUACGAGGAGGGGUCUGAUUCGCCGUCGCGGUCUCCCCUGUCGACCUUCUUUGGUAUACUGGCGCCGGUGUUUGGGAGCUCCAGCGGCGGUGGUGCCAGGAGGGAGAAGGCGUCCUAUGGCCGAGGAGCAGCAGCUGCAAUUGAGGAUAGCUCCAUUGACAUUGGUGACUUCUUCAAGGGCCCUCUACCUGGGAAGUUCCUGAAGCUCCUUGGUUUUUUGGCCUUGUCUCGGCUUGGUGUGUAUAUACCCUUGGGUGGGGUCAACCGAGAAGCUUUUGCUGGGAACCUUGACCAGAACAGCCUGCUGGGCACUUUAGAUUCUUUCUCUGGUGGAGGUAUUGGCCGGCUUGGAAUUUGCUCCCUUGGCAUUGUACCAUUUAUCAAUGCACAGAUUGUGUUUCAACUCCUUGCACAACUCUACCCAAAAUUGCAAGACCUUCAGCGGAAAGAAGGGGAAGCAGGAAGAAAGAAGGUUCUUCAGUAUACAAGAUAUGCUUCGGUUGGAUUUGCAAUUGUUCAGGCCAUUGGACAAGUUCUUUAUCUCCGUCCUUAUGUGAAUGACUUCAGCACAGAAUGGGUUCUAACAUCUGUGACAUUAUUGACACUUGGAUCAGUCUUUACUACUUUUAUUGGUGAAAGAAUAUCUGAUCUGAAACUUGGAAAUGGAACAUCCCUUCUUAUAUUUACAAGUAUAAUAUCAUAUUUGCCUGCGUCAUUCGGGAGGACAGUUGUGCAGGCAUUUCAAGAUGGGAAUUAUGUUGGACUUCUCACAAUCAUAUUGUCAUUCUUUCUAUUAGUCCUUGGGAUUGUCUAUGUCCAAGAAGCUGAGCGCAAAAUACCCCUCAACUAUGCUUCUCGUUACAGCAGUCGAACUGGGGGACUUCAGCGAUCUGCAUAUCUACCAUUUAAGGUCAACAGUUCUGGCGUCAUGCCUAUCAUAUUUUCUACAUCUUCACUGGCUUUGCCUGGUACUUUGGCACGGUUCGCUGGCUUAGACUUUCUUAAGAAGGCUGCCAUAGCCCUUAAUCCAGGAGGUGCUCUGUAUCUUCCAACUAAUGUAUUGCUUAUAGCCUUCUUCAAUUAUUAUUACACGUUUCUCCAAUUGGAUCCUGAUGAUCUUAGUGAGCAAUUGAAGCGGCAAGGCGCUUCGAUACCGCUUGUGAGGCCAGGAAAAAGUACAGCUGCUUAUAUUAAAACAGUUCUAAGUCGCAUAUCUGUCCUGGGAUCUGCAUUUCUGGCUGUGCUAGCUGCUGGACCAUCUGUAGUUGAACAGAUAAGUCACUUGACAGCAUUCCGGGGAUUUGCUGGGACUUCAGUGCUUAUCCUUGUUGGAUGUGCAACAGACACAGCUCGGAAAGUUCAAGCAGAAAUAAUUUCCCAGAAAUAUAAGAAUAUUGAGUUCUAUGAUGUCAACCGUUUUGACCAAUAG